CUCUCGCUGACUCUCACCUGUUUUCCUUGCUCCUGAUCUCUCUCUCAUAGCUUUCAAAAGAGUUACUUUCUGUCAUGGAUCACAUUUAUUUUGAUGAAUAUGACUACUUCAACUUUGGCAGUGGUUUUGACAAAAUGUUCCCUGACAACAAGAAUACUGGUCAUUCAAAGCACAAAGGCUACAAACUAGAGACCCAAAGAUACUCUCCAUCUGGACAUGUUCGUAAAGUAGUAACUAAACUUCAGAACUCUGAGAAAAAGAAGAAAGAGAAAAGACUCAGACUCUCAAGCAUCUGAACAGCAGCCUAAUAAAUGGACUUUCCUGAUCCCUGCAGAACAAACCCCUACAUAUCAUUACAGUAGUAUUAAUACUUUUUCUACCUUUUGGUGCUGAAUAUUUUUGUAGUUUAUGUAUUGCAUUGGUUUUAAUGAUGAUGUAGACAUUUUAUGAUUAAUUUUUGAUGUAACAUAAUGGAUAGAGUAUCUAUAGUUGUAAAAGUUCAAUUGGCUUGUGAUAAUUGAUAUUUUGUCUUGGCUGUGAUGUUGCAAUUCAUGUGCACUAUUGCAGAGAUUUUGCUGAUACAUUAUUUACAUGUUAUUGUAGCUGUCAUCAGCAAACAAAAUUAUUUUCUUAAAAAUGAAUUAUCCUCACGCAUGCGCAAUGACAAAAUCGCAGAAUUUGGCAGCAGCUUUCACUGCGCAUGCGUAGUUAGUACAGCAUGUUUUUCACGCGGGAACGUUAUUCUUUGAAAAGAGAGAGGCACUCUAGCUCUUCUUCUUCCUCCUCAUGCUCCCUUUCCACUUCUAAUACUGAAGGAGAAGGUGAUGAUGGAGUGUGCGAGUCUUUUUCAAGAGAUCCUCACUAUUACCUCACCAACUUUAUGGCCUCUGUGUCUCACGUGACCUCUAGUGUUGAUGGUCAUUAUAUUACAUCUAAUGAAGACAAAUCAGCCGUUUUGACUAGCUUUAAAGAAGCUAAUGUCCAUUCACAGCAGCUAUUGGUUAGGCUGUAUUUACGCAAGCACAGGUGGUUAAGAGUUGAUAAAUUAUCUUAUCCCGAGAUAUCAAAUGACCUCAAUCCAUUCCUCAAAGAACUUGUUAAGAAGAAAUUACUUGAUGAUGACUCUUCUCUGAAUGAUCCUAAUGAGAUCUUGUGUCUAUUAAAAGUGGACCAGUUAAAGCUUUUAAAAGAGCAGCUCCAUUUGCCGUCCUCUUUUAACAACCUCCCAAAGAAUCAGUUCAUAUCCUCUGUGCUUGAUUAUUGCGCCAAACAAAAGCCCCUCCUCCCUCAUCUAUCGCCAUUGCUUGCUUUAAAGAAGAAGGCUAAGCUUUUAUUGGGGAGUUGUGUUUGUGUGUCCGAGGCGUGUUUUAAUGUUUUCUCACAGAUAUCUCUUCUAUUCUCACUCAUUACAAGUGGUGACAUUCAUGAUGACGAAACACUGCCUCAAAGUCUUGUUUAUCACAUGUUGCAAGUGAGCACUGGUCAGAUAGUCUACCCUAAGUAUGACAUCAAUGUCGUCGAACCUUUAUUUUCGUCUUGUGAGGAUUUUGAGAAGUUUUACUCUGUUCAUGUCUUGCAACAGAAAUUAUCUUCACUUGUCACUUUGAAACAUCUAACCCCUCCAAUGCUUAGAGAUAUAAUGGAAGAAACCUGUGUCAUCCUAUUAGAUGAAUUAAAGUCUCACUCUUGCACAAACACGAGGUCAAUUGCAUCAGAAAAAUCCACUGCAUUAAUGGAAAGAGGGUCUCAUGAUGAACUGCUUACAUACAAUGAAGAAUCAAGAAUGAAUGGCCUUGAAGAUUUGUUGUGUUAUAGUGACAGGAAAGAGAAAAGACACUCCUCUGCCAAAAGAAGAAAGACACACACGAGAAAAGGUGGAAGUACUUUUGAUGAUCCUAUAGAUUUAACAGCCGGUAGUGAUGAUGAAGGAGAUCAUAUACUAAACUCUAUCAUCAAGUGCUCUUGUGUCUGUUACCCUCGUGCAUGGAGGUUAAGAUAUAACCCUGGCUCUUUGUGUAUUUAUGUUCUCACUCUCUGUGUUGAGUCUUGGGAAAAACUAAGAGAUUACAUUGAAGCAAAUCGUCUGCUAGUUCUCUUACUGUCUCAGGGUGUUUUUGGAUACUAUAAACGAGGACACUGGUGGGAACGACUAGCUCUCAAUUUGGACAGUCAUCUUAAAGAAAAGUCGAAAUCAUUCCAGUGCAUUAUGAUGGCAUUUAAAGACUCUUCAGUGAGUGAGAGUGUCAAGUAUGCACUUUAUCAAAGAGCUCUCAGACUAACUGGUAGUAAUGCUUCACUCCUUCCCUCACUUCCAUCAUUCAGUAUCAGUGAAUGUAAAGAGGUUUUAUUGACUGGUAUAUGUCAACCUAAUACCCCUUUAUUCAUAAUACAAGACCACACCCCUUGCUCCUCCUCCUCUGUCUGUACUGUUGAGGGUUUUGCAAUACAUCACUAUACUGGUACUGGCUGCUGGCCUAGAGCCCUUCAUCUUGAAGGAGCAAUAUUCACGUCUCUCUUCCUCUUAUUAUUUUGGGAUAUUAUUUAUACGAAUGAAGUACCCGAUGUAUUUAGAGGACACUAUCAAACUGCUCCUCUUGAUUUUGGUAGGGAGGACUUUUAUAUGUCACGUAAGUCUGCAAUUGACAGUAAACUGGACUGGAUCAAACGUUCAGCCAUUGAUGAUAUAACAAAGGAUGCAUCUUCUUGUUGGAAUGACCACUUGGGAGAGAAUGCAGUGGGCAUUAAUUGGGAGGCUUUUCCUAACGGAUCAGAAGACAUAGUGGAUCUUAUAAAGUGUCUUGGGAGCGAUGUCUUAUAUCGUGUUUGUGAGGUUUUCUCUCGGGACUAUUAUAGGAAUCGAGGGGGAGUCCCUGAUUUAAUAUUGUGGGACCCAUCAAAGGGGACCAGUAAGUUUGUUGAGGUUAAGGGACCUGGUGAUAGACUGUCCAAUAAGCAAAGGAUAUGGAUAUCGCGUUUAAUGAGCUGGGACUCCCAAGUUGAAGUGUGUAGAGUUGAAGCUAUUAGGAGUUAGUCGAGACAAAGCUGUCUAAGAAAUAUUAUAUGGACAUAUGUUAUUUGAUAUGAUAAUUUUACUAUACCGGAAUCAUUAAUGAUCUCUAUCAACACUAAGUAGUCGUAAUAGUUAGACUGCGCACUUAGCAACUCCUAAUGGGUUGGAAUAAAAUAACUGUCACUGGCUGACUACUACUAUUUGCUCCUUCCUGUCUCUGAACUCUCUCUCUCUCUCUCUCUUUUUGCUGCUCCUAGGCUACACUAUGGCUGAUCUUGAUGCUUUUUUGGAUAUGAAAUGGGUUGUCACUGUUGGGGUUUUAACAUUUUUAUUCAUUGUACUCCUGGUCACUACAAUAAUAGUUACAAUUGGAUACUGCUUGCUGAGAAGAAGGCAAAGAUACAACAUGAGUAGAAGAAAUCGACAUAUUGUGACACAGAAUAAUUCUGCUUAUUCUCAUCCACAUUUCACUCAGUCUCUAAGCAUUAGCACUAACACAGUUGACUCUACAGUUAAUCCAACGGAACCUCUUGUUAAUAAUGUGAUGUAUGCAGAGAUUUUAUUGUGACACUUAAUAAAUAUACUCAAUAAUUAUUUGUCAUAGUGACCAUGUAAACUGUUAUUACAAUUGACAAUUGAAUCACCUUUUCAAAGGCA